CUGCAGCUCUGGUAGUGAGAGACCUGUCCCUGGAAGGCACCGGGGCUGGGAGGGGGACGGAUGGGGGACCGAAAGGGUGGGGGGCUGGGGCAGCUUCUGGGAACAUUUGCCCCAGGGAUUGAGCUAAACUAAGAAAAAUCGGUCCAAAGCUCGGCACAAACUGAUCUUUUCAUUCCAGUCGUUUCGCCCACACAGGGAACGAUGCCUCUGGAGGUGGUGGUGGAGCUGCAGAUCCGGGCGAUCUCUUGCCCAGGGGUGUUCCUGCCUGACAAGCAAGAUGUGUACCUGGGGGUCUACCUCCUGAAUCAGUACUUGGAGACACACUGCUUUCCUUCUGUGUUCCCUAUUAUGAUUCAUCAGAACAUGAGAUUUGAAAAGGUAUUUGAAACUGCAAUAGAUCCUGGAGCUGUAGUAGACCGUUUAGAAGGCUUCCUAACUAGGUUUGAAUUAGUACAGCUAGUGCCUCCAGCCUGGGAAGAGUUGGCCUAUUAUGAAGAAAACACACGGGGUUUUCUUUACCCUGAGCCCAAGCUGACACGUUCACACCCUAGGAUGUGUAGGGAGGUGCUCAUGAAGACGGCUAUGGGUUUUCCAGGCAUUGCUCCCAAAAUCGAGUUUUCUACAAGGACAGCCAUCAGAGAAUGUGCGUUUCUGCCUAGAAACAGAUUUCUUGAAGAAACAGAUGAGUCACGAAGGCCUUCAUCUACAUCAUGUGGACCAAUAUCACCCUUAAAUAACAUAAAGAUGAAGUCAAAGGAGAAUAAUCUCAACAGACUUCCUAAAAGCAUGAACUCCCGGGCAUCCUCUCCAUGUUCCCCCAAACAUUUCUUCCAAGAGCCCCCAGCUCACUCAAACCUUGGCAAUAGUUUCAAAAUCCCUACAGGAAGCAAGCCUCCAUUCGUGGUUAGACAUGUGGACAGUGCAAAGCCCUUUGGUGAGAACAUUAAAGAGUCUUAUCUGUGGAAGUCUAGAAGAAAAUCUAAGUUUUCAAGCUUCCCGUUUUCAUUGAGAAGAGCUUCUUCUCUUGACAGCCUUGGAGCUAAAGUAAAGGUUAUCAGAGAGCCAGAUGAACGGAUUGUUUUAAGGAAUCCAUCACCAUCACCUUUAGAUUCAAGUAAGUCUGGAAUGCUCUCAUCCAGUAACCAAGGGGAUACCAGUUUCCACCGGGAAACUUCAUUUGCCACCUCCCGGCAUUCCAGAUCUCCCAGCCCUACAGAUCAGCUGCUUCUCCAAGAAAGGUUCCAUCCUAUUUCUCAGUCCACAUGGAAGAAGAUCCAUGAGCGGGUAUGCAAUCUUCUGACAUCCCACAGAGCUCAGCAGUACAACAAGAAAGAUUCAACUGCUGAAGCAAAUUAUAUGCUUGACAAGCCACGCUACCCUCUGAAGAAAUAUCCACUGCAGGGAGAGAGAUAUUUUUAAGCUGCUGUCUUUU